CCCGUCUACAAGUGAUCAGCGAGUUACCAGACGUCCACAAGCAGACUGACAAACUUUUGUUGACUCUUUUUACACACAGAGGGGAGACGAGGCACAACGAAGUCAGGCCUGUCCCCUAGUUUCCCAGGUGCCAUGAGGAAGCCUCGCCAGAAGUCACGGCAGAAUGCCGAGGGCCGGCGUUCUCCAUCCCCCUACAGUCUCAAGUGCUCACCUACCCGGGAGACCUUGACAUAUGCCCAGGCCCAACGGAUUGUUGAGGUGGACAUUGAUGGACGCCUGCAUCGCAUCAGCAUCUAUGACCCACUCAAGAUCAUCACGGAGGAUGAGCUGACCGCCCAGGAUAUCACUGAAUGUAAUAGUAACAAGGAAAACAGUGAGCAGCCCCAGUUUCCUGGCAAGUCCAAGAAACCCUCAUCCAAGGGCAAGAAGAAGGAGUCCUGUUCCAAGCAUGCAUCUGGCACUUCCUUCCACCUCCCACAGCCCAGCUUCCGCUUGGUGGACUCAGGCAGUCAGCCAGAAGCACCUCCAUUGCCUGCUGCCUACUACCGCUACAUUGAGAAACCACCUGAAGACCUGGAUGCAGAGGUAGAGUACGACAUGGAUGAGGAGGACCUUGCCUGGCUAGACAUGGUGAAUGAGAAGCGGCGAGAUGAUGGGCACAGUUUGGUGUCAGCAGACAUCUUUGAGCUGCUGGUAGACCGGCUUGAGAAGGAGUCAUACUUGGAGAGUCGUAGCAGUGGGGCCCAACAGUCACUCAUUGAUGAAGACGCCUUCUGCUGUGUGUGCCUGGAUGAUGAAUGCCAUAAUAGCAAUGUCAUUCUCUUCUGUGACAUCUGCAACCUGGCUGUACACCAGGAGUGCUACGGAGUCCCCUACAUCCCUGAGGGUCAGUGGCUAUGCCGCUGCUGCUUGCAGUCUCCCUCCCGGCCUGUGGAUUGCGUCCUCUGCCCCAAUAAAGGUGGCGCCUUCAAACAGACCAGUGAUGGGCACUGGGCUCACGUGGUGUGUGCCAUCUGGAUCCCCGAAGUCUGCUUUGCUAACACCGUGUUCCUGGAGCCCAUUGAGGGCAUUGACAACAUCCCACCUGCCCGCUGGAAACUGACCUGCUAUAUCUGUAAGCAGAAGGGGCUGGGUGCAGCCAUCCAGUGCCAUAAGGUGAACUGCUACACAGCCUUUCAUGUGACAUGUGCACAGCGGGCUGGGCUCUUCAUGAAGAUUGAGCCCAUGCGUGAGACCAGUCUCAAUGGUACCAUCUUCACAGUGCGCAAAACCGCCUACUGUGAGGCCCACUCACCGCCAGGUGCUGCCACUGCUCGAAGGAAGGGUGACUCCCCUGGAAGCCUAAGUGAGGCUGGGGAUGAGGAAGGGCUAAAGGAAGGCUGUGGGGAGGAGGAAGAGAAGGAAGAGGUGGAAGAGGAGGAAGAAGAUGAAGGCAAAGGUGGAGUAAGUGGCCCCCUCAAGGGAGUGCCCAAGAAGAACAAGAUUACUUUGAAGCAAAAGAUCAAGAGGGAGCCAGAGGAAGUGGGUCGAGACACGCCCUCCACUGUCCCCUUAGUCACCAUCCCACAGAUACCCUCUUACAGGUUGAACAAGAUCUGUAGUGGUCUCUCCUUUCAGAGGAAAAACCAGUUCAUGCAGCGGCUUCACAACUAUUGGCUGUUGAAGCGGCAGGCACGGAACGGUGUCCCCCUCAUUCGGCGCCUGCAUUCCCACCUGCAGUCUCAAAGAAACGCUGAGCAGCGAGAGCAGGACGAGAAAACAAGUGCAGUGAAGGAAGAGCUGAAAUACUGGCAGAAGCUCCGGCAUGACUUGGAGCGGGCCCGGCUGCUGAUCGAGUUGAUUCGGAAAAGGGAGAAGCUCAAGCGGGAGCAGAUCAAGGUCCAGCAGGCUGCCAUGGAGCUGGAGCUGAUGCCAUUCAACGUUCUGCUGAGGACAACACUGGACUUGCUGCAGGAGAAGGAUCCCGCGCACAUCUUUGCCGAACCUGUCAACCUGAGUGAGGUUCCAGAUUACCUGGAAUUCAUAUCCAAGCCAAUGGAUUUUUCUACUAUGAGGCGGAAGCUGGAGUCCCAUCUGUACCGCACCUUGGAGGAGUUUGAGGAGGACUUUAACCUUAUAGUUACCAACUGCAUGAAGUAUAAUGCUAAAGACACAAUUUUCCACCGAGCAGCUGUCCGCCUGCGGGACCUGGGAGGGGCCAUUCUUCGGCAUGCCCGGCGGCAGGCAGAGAACAUCGGCUAUGACCCCGAGAGGGGCACCCACCUGCCCGAGUCACCCAAAUUGGAGGACUUUUACCGCUUCUCCUGGGAAGAUGUGGACAACAUCCUCAUCCCAGAGAACCGGGCCCAUUUGUCCCCAGAGGUGCAGCUGAAGGAGCUGCUGGAGAAACUGGACCUGGUGAGUGCCAUGCGGUCCAGUGGGGCCCGGACCCGCCGCGUCCGCAUGCUGCGCCGGGAGAUCAAUGCUCUUCGGCAGAAGCUGGCACAGCCACCGCCACCACAGCCACCCUCACUGAACAAGACUGUGUCUAAUUUGGAGCUGCCAGCAGGGCCCCAGGGAGAUGCAGCUGAGCUGGAGCAGGCCCUGCAGGAGGAGGACCCAGAAGAUGAUGGGGACAGAGAUGACUCCAAACUGCCUCCCCCACCAACCCUGGAGCCCACUGGGCCUGCACCUUCCUUGUCUGAGCAAGAAUCCCCUCCAGAUCCCCCCACUCUAAAACCCAUCAAUGAUAGCAAACCUCCAAACCGAUUCCUAAAACCCAGAAAGGAGGAAGAAGAUGAGCUUUUGGAAAAAUCACCCCUGCAAGUAGGGAAUGAGCCCUUGCAACACCUACUCAGUGACAGUGGCAUCAACAGACUGUCCCUCAUGGCCUCUGAGGCCCCUGCCGGUGCCCCGCUCAGUAGCGUGGGCCGCCGCACCUCAGUCCUGUUCAAGAAGGCCAAGAAUGGGGUUAAGCUGCAGAGGAGCCCAGAUGGGGCCCUGGAGAAUGGCGAGGACCAUGGUGCAGUGGGCUCUCCUGCCUCUCCCACCAGCAUCGAGGAUGAGCAGCAUUCCCGGAAGCGGCCAAGGAGCAGGAGCUGUAGUGAGAGUGAAGGGGAGAGGUCACCCCCGCAAGAGGAAGAAACAGGCGUAACCAACGGCUUUGGAAAACACACCGAAAGCGGGUCUGACUCGGAAUGUAGUUUGGGUCUCAGUGGUGGACUGGCAUUUGAAGCUUGCAGUGGUCUGAUGCCCCCCAAACGCAGCCGUGGGAAGCCAGCCCUGUCUCGAGUGCCCUUCCUGGAAAGUGUGAACGGAGACUCUGACUACAGUGGCUCAGGCAGAAGCCUCCUGAUGCCCUUUGAAGACCGUGGAGACCUGGAGCCCCUGGAGCUGGUGUGGGCCAAGUGCCGAGGCUAUCCCUCCUACCCUGCCUUGAUCAUCGAUCCCAAGAUGCCCCGGGAGGGCCUCCUGCACAAUGGCGUCCCCAUCCCUGUCCCCCCACUGGAUGUGCUGAAGCUGGGAGAGCAGAAACAGGCCGAGGCUGGAGAGAAGCUCUUCCUUGUCCUCUUUUUUGACAACAAGCGCACCUGGCAGUGGCUUCCGAGAGACAAAGUUCUGCCCCUGGGUGUGGAAGACACCGUGGACAAGCUCAAGAUGCUGGAAGGUCGCAAGACUAGCAUCCGCAAGUCAGUGCAAGUGGCCUACGACCGAGCAAUGAUCCACCUGAGCCGUGUCCGGGGGCCCCACUCCUUUGUCACCUCCAGCUACCUGUAAGGGCGGGGCCUGGCCUGUGUCUGCCUGCCCUGCCUCUACCCCUUUCAUAGCAGGCCAGGGACUGACUGGGCCCAAUGCUUUCCAAGGGCAAGGCCCCAGUUUUGAAGAACUGCAUGGUUCCCCUGGCAGGCCUGCUGUGUGCCAAAACCUCCCACCUGCACUCCCUCGGGCUGGCCCACUGAAGGACCAGUUAGAAGCAGAAAUGGCCAUGAGGCCCAGCGAGGAGAUGGACCUGGCCCUAGAAGGCAGGGGUCCUGGGCUCUUUCUCGAGGGUGUGCCUGGCCCCCUCCACCCCACUCCCAGUUAACUACACCUCAGAGCGAGUGAGGCUUUGACGUUGACCCCAGGUGCUGUGGGCACACUAGGGUUCCUCGGGGAAUCUCACUGAGCUCACCCUCUCUGCCCCCGCCACCCAUUCUCACACCUCUUCCCUGGCCCAUCUGUACACCUCCGCCCAGUCUUUCCCAUGUUCCUUUUCCUUUCUCUGUGCCAAACUGACAGAAACCAUCACCAAAUUGGUCUUUUUGUUUUUGCGUCUCAUUCCUUUUGAGGCCAGCUGCUAUGCUAGGUGGGCGCCUCCACCUGGCUCCUCAGGGCCCAGAACAGAGGCCAGCCUGCCUCUCGGUGACCCCUCCACCAGCACACGCACUCCUGUCCCGUGCUGCUCCCCGCCUGCCAACCUUCGCAUCUGCACACACCACUGAGGCCAGGCUGAGUGCUUGCCCCUCAGAUGGAGACAGGUCCCUCCUGCCCUCGUCCUGUCUUGCCAAGAGGCAGCUGAGGCUGGACGGGCUCCUGUCAGCAGACCAUGUGCCCAUGUGGAUGUUGAGGGUCGUUGAGGCGGAGCUGGGUCUGCCCCUUCGUUCUUCCUCUCCGCUCCUUGUGGGCUUUUCCUCCUCUGCAGCUGCGGCCUCCAGCCUCCCUGCCCACCACCGUGGACAGAGCGGGCCUGCGGUCCAGCAGCUUUCUGUCCUGGGCCCUGCCCUGCCCGCGCUGCCCUGCUUCCCGACCGCAGGGAAGCCAGCGCUUUCAUUUCACCUCUGUCCGCUUCCCUCUCUUUCCCCAACCCCUCCCCACCGUCACCUUCUCAGAAACGGAAGGAAAAAAAGCUGUGAAACGGGGAAUGCUGACUGACAAACCACAACUUUCAGAGGCUUUGGCGUCUGUUCUCGGGACGUUUCCUUCCCCUCCUAAGCACCAAAGUCGUAGGGCCAGGUCACAGGCCACUGAUUGCCGUGUUGGUUUUUAAUCUGAUGUUCUUUUUAAUGGUUUUAAAUUUUACAGGGGAGUUUUGGACAAAAUGAAGUCACUGGGGAGAUCACUGCCAUUUUUACAUACACGAGUUUUUAAAAAUACAGUCAACCAACCUCCGCAACUUACACAUUUGGGACACGAGCCAGAGUUUUAAAGGGCACCAGCGAAACUAACAAGGAUGGGGUUUUGGAUUUUGUACUAAAAAUACAAUACAGCAUACGGCUAGGGAAGGACAUGGUGUAUAUAAUUGUAAAAUACUGUUCUAAAUUAUUCAGGCCUAUAGUUUCCAUUCCUAGAGCCCUUCAUUGUGUGGCUGAAGACUCUAAGUGCACACAGUGUGGUUUAUUUAAAGGAGCCAACGCAUCCCCUCUCCCCAGGUAGUCAGUCGGCUGUGGACUCUGUGACCUUCGUCUCAACCUGUGUUGUAAGAUCUCGGGGCUUUCUCUAUUUCUCCUCUUUGUGUCUAUCUUCCCUCCAACACUUUCUCUUUCUUAGUCUCUUUUUUCCUCUCUCUGAAUUUUUCAGUCUCUCUGAGGCUUAUUUUGAAAACUCUUCUUUUAGGAUGGAAAACGGCUCAGAUCCUGCUGUGGCGUGGGACAUGUGUGUCUCGGUCGCGUCUGCUGUGAAGCACACGAUGCUCUAUUUAUUGUAGAAAGUGACUUUAUUUGCUUUCUAGAAUUGUUUAUAACAGAUGGUAUAAGAGAGGUAAUAAACAGAGAAAAAUCUAUGCUUGUAAAGAAUACAAAAGUUAAUUUUACCUACUAUAAUAUGACUGUCUGAAAUUAUUUUCUCUCUGAGAAAUAAAUGUUCUAAUG